UUUUUUUCCACGGCAAGACCCAACGAUCCGACCCAACAGACCGAUCCUCUACCUCUUCCUUUCCACGGCAAGACCCAACGAUCCGACCCAAUAGACCGAUCCUCUGCCUCUCCCUUUCCACGGCCAGACCCAACAGCCCGAUACCGAUCCGACCCAACAGACCGAUCCUCUGCCUCUUCCUUUCCACGGCAAGCCCAUUGCCACAGAUCCCACCAUACCCAUAUCCACUUCGCUCAAUUUCCACUCUUCCCCAGCCCAUGGCCCAAGAACUAUGUCGGUUGGCAAUGCAACCGACCCAACCCAUCGAGACCGGCCCAAAGUGGAAACUGAGCGAGGUGGAGUUAUCUGCUUGCUUCCUAAUAAUCUUAGCGAAAUUGGUGUGGAGUACGUUGAGGUUUACAUCAGUGAUACUUCAAAUGAAUGUAGCAACAACUUAUCAAUUGAAGAAGAAGGUGAUUGUACAAAAUUUCAAAAACUUGAUGUUCAAACCAAUGUGCAACUCACACCAACAUCUGUACUCAAGGAAAACAAAAGAGCAUAUUCAGGGACUACUACAAAGCAACAAAGGAAGAAGAUACAAAAAACACUUUAAAGUUGUCUUUCAAUCUCUAAUAUUUUCUAUGCACAAUUUGGUUUUAAUGAAUUUGUGAUUUUGAUACUAGAGACGUAUUGGAACAAAGGAAAUCUUUUUGCUUUUAUACACAAUUUGGUUUUAAAGAAUUUGUGAUUUUGAUACUAAAGACGUAUUGGAACAAAGGAAAUUUUUUUGCUUUUAUGCACAAUUUGGUUUUAAAUUGAAACAUAGAGGAAUUAAACUCUUAUAUUUAGUUAUUUGAGGAUUUCUUUUAGUAUAGCGUUAACUGUUUGUCUAUAUACAUUUCAUUUCUAAAUAUUGUAGUAUUCUCUUUACAUUUAAAAAACUCAUGAGACUCAA